UCUCCACUUGGCUUUAAGUCACUACGAAGUGCUUUCCAGGAGCCAGGAUGGAGCAGGAGUGCCAAAAGGCACUGUCACUCUGUCCUUUAUAGUGGUAUCUAGUGUUGCUUUUCUGGCAGACCUGUGUGCACUCCUUGCAUGGACCACAAAGUCCCCUCCAAGCUCACCAGCUUGGCAGGAGACACGGUGCCGUAAUGCGGUCCUCCCUUGGCACACUCGGCAGGAUGCUGGGCCAGGCAGGUCACCACUCAAAGCUGGGGUGUGACAGCCCUGGCUUUCCUGUUGUUAACAUCAGCGUCAUUGUGCCUUCCACAUGAAAGGUGCUGAGCCCCAGGAGCUGACUUGUGGGGCUGCAGGCAAUGCUCUUCCCUUCUUAUGCUGUGGAAGAGAAGGCAGCGUUAGAAAUAGUUGCUGCCUAUUCCAAGAGCCAGGGACUGGGGAGAAGAGCUGACUUGAGACCCCUGGAGAGACAGGGGCCUGAUCCUGCCGCUGCUUGCUGCUCCAAAUAAAGUGCUUGGCUUGGGAUCAGUGGGAAAGCGGGCUGUGCUUGCUGGCAGGCUUAACACCUUGCUGCUUUCUGUCGCAGGUGGGAAGGCAGCAGUAGCUCACUAUGGCCCUGGCAGACAACACGGGCUGUGCCAAACCCAGCGAGGACUUCCCCUUCCCCGAGAUCAUUGAACUCAAUGUGGGUGGACAAGUGUACAUCACCCGCCACCCCACCCUGGUCAGCGUGCCCGGCUCGCUCCUCUGGGAGAUGUUCACCCAGAAGAACGUCCGCUCGCUGGCCCGGGACAGCAAGGGACGGUUCUUUGUGGAUCGGGAUGGGUUCCUCUUCCGCUACAUCUUGGAUUACAUGAGGGACCAGCAGCUGGUGCUGCCCGACCACUUCCCUGAGAGGAGCCGCCUGCAGCGAGAGGCAGAGUACUUCAUGCUGCCGGAGCUCGUGAAGAUGCUGGCCCCCAAGCUCAGCAAGCAGAACUCGCUGGGAGACGACCCAUGCCAAAGCGACCCCGAGGAGCUCUCCCCCAGCGCGGAUGCCACCCGCACCCUAACCUCUGCCAGCACCACGCUCCCCAGCGCUGUGCCUGGUGGCCCCGGGGGUGCCGUCACCACCGGCACGGGUGCUGCCAGCAGCGAUGUCCGCAGGGCAGGUUUUAUCACCAUCGGCUACCGGGGCUCCUACACCCUGGGCAGGGACAGCCAGACGGAUGCCAAGUUCCGCAGGGUGGCUCGGAUCAUGGUCUGCGGCAAGACCUCGCUGGCCAAGGAGGUCUUUGGGGAUACCUUGAAUGAGAGCAGGGACCCAGACCGGCCCCCGGAGAGGUACACCUCCCGCUACUACCUCAAAUUCACCUUCCUGGAGCAAGCCUUUGAUAAACUGGCCGAUGCUGGCUUCCACAUGGUGGCUUGCAACUCCACAGGCACCUGUGCCUUCGCCCAUGACCAGACAGAUGACAGGAUCUGGACCUCUUACACCGAAUAUGUUUUCUAUCGUGAGUGACACCAAAAAACCCAACCCCACACACACCAAGCACCAACUCUCCCUUUCCUCUCCCGUUUCCUAGAAGGUAGACAUCCAACCCUGAAUCCCAGUGUCCUUUUGAGUUUGUUCUUGGGUUUUUCCCCUCCUCCUUCCUCCACGUUGAACCUCUCCAGCUCUCCCUUGUAGCCGUCGACCACCAACCUUCUUCCCUCUCUCCGACUUCUGCAGUAGCCGCCUGUAGCUCCCAACCCUCCCUGGAUGUGUGGACUUGGACACUGUUAUGUACUUGUUUGGGGUGGGAGGGGGGCAUACACCAGACUGUGCUCUGGGCUGGGAUUCCUGCAGCUGGAUGAGCUUGUCUGUGUUGGACACUGAACUUGGCUCUCGUGCCCUGUGCGCCAGGAACAUGCUGCGUACACUGUAUUUGAUCUGCCAAGGGGUUCAAGGGAGAAAACUCUGGGUUAAGGACAUGCAAAAAGGUGGGAAGCAGCGAGGAGGGUGGGAGGGAGGGGGGUGGAUGGAAAGAUGCAGCCUCGCAGCAUGGAUAUAUUGCCAUUAGCCCAUGUAAGCAGCUUAGUGUUUAGACUGUCAGUGCUGGGGAAGGUUAGAUAAAGGCUCACCCUGUGUUUGCAGUUGGGAUUUGGAGUAUCACUGCUGCUCUGGGAUGCCUUGGGGGUGUUUUGGGGGUGGGAGAGGGUGGAUAGAUAGAUGCUCUGUUCAUGUAUAUGUGGAGGGAGGUGGGGGGAGUGGGGAGGGCUUUAUAUGCUGUAGGGUGUAAAUUGCUUAUACUUUGGAUGGUCUGUCAGAAAAGUCCCUUCAUCUUUCCUUUGGAGUACAAUAGUGAUGUGAGGGAUGGGGCUGGAUUGCUCUGGUGAGCAGCAGCCAUGACUUCACAGAUUAAAGGGAAUCUUUGCCCAACAUGAAAGCCUUUGCCUUUUGGGCAAUCUCUUCGAGGUCCCUGCAAUCACAGCUCUCCAUGGCCUGCUCCUGGCACAGGGGCUGGCUGCUGCUGCUUCUUCACCAUGCCUGGGCAAUGGGUAAUAAAGGAGCAAAACC